AUAAAAUGAGGAUGGCACUAACAUCUCAGGCCAUCCAGCCUUGGUCCUUGCCUAUCCGUGGUUCCGCGAACGGAUAACGGAGAGCGGGAAGGUAGGCGCAAUGGCAGCCAUCUCAGGCCACCCAACCUUGCUUUUGAACCCCAUCGUUUCAACGUUGGAAAAAUGCAAGACCAUGCAUGAAAUGCGCCAAAUUCACGCCCACAUGAUCAAGACAGACCUUGUCAACCACACAUUCACAGUAAGCAAACUCGUCACCUUUUGUACCCUCUCCCGUUCCCCCGGGAGUUUAGCCUACGCUUUGUCAGUCUUUCGUCAAAUCCGAAACCCCAAUGCCUUCAUCUUCUUCACACUAAUUAAUGGUUUUUCUGGCAGCUGGAACCCUGUAAAGUCUAUAACUCUCUAUGCCCACAUGCUUUCUUGCUUGACAGAUUUGAAUGGUAUUGAGUUUUCUCUUCCAUCAGUACUCAAAGCGUGCGGCAGAUCGCGCUCGUUAGAGGAAGGGCAGCAAGUUCACGGGCAAAUCUUGAAAUCUCAUUUUCAGUUUGACCCGUUUGUUUCUAAUUCAUUGAUUAGGAUGUACAUGGAGCUUGAUGAGAUUGAGAUGGCGAGAAUGGUGUUUGACAAAAUGCUUGAAAGAGAUGUAAUUUCUUGGAAUUCGAUGAUUACGGGUUACUUGAGUGCUGGAGAGAUUGAGUUGGCACGUGUGCUAUUUAACGAGAUGCCAGAAAGAGACAUAGUUUCUUGUAAUGCAAUGAUCGAUGGGUAUGGCAAGUUUGGAAAGUGUGAGCUGGCUGAGGAGGUUUUCAGGAUGAUGAAUGAUAAGGAUGUGGUUUCUUGGACGUCGAUGAUAUCUGCAUAUGUACUUAAUCAUCGUCCAAGGGAAGCCUUGGAUUUUUUUAGGGAAAUGCUGAGUGUGGGAGUAAGACCUGAUGCCCCUGCUAUUGUUAGUGUUCUUUCAGCCAUUUCUGACUUGGGUUUUGUCGAGGAGGGUAAAUGGAUACAUACUCACAUAUCUAAAAAUAAGAUAGAAUUGAGUAAUGGGUUUAUCGCAUCAGCUCUUAUUGACAUGUAUGCAAAAUGCGGGCAUAUAGAAAAUGCCUAUCAUGUCUUUAGAUAUGUAUCUCAUAGGAGAAACAUUGGGGAUUGGAAUGCUUUGAUCUCUGGUCUUUCAACUCAUGGUCUUGGUCAAGAUGCUCUUGAAGUUUUCCUUGACAUGGAAAGAAUGGGGAUUGAGCCCAAUGAAAUUACAUUCAUAGGACUCUUAAGUGCUUGUAGCCAUGGAGGAAUGGUUGAUGAGGGUCAAUAUUAUUUUAAAAUAAUGCAAGAAAAGUACAAUAUUGUUCCCAAGAUUCAACACUAUGGAUGUAUGAUUGAUCUUUAUGGCAGAGCAGGUCGCUUUGAGGAUGCACUAGGAGUUAUACAGAACAUGCCAAUGGAGGCUGAUGUUUUAGCUUGGAAGGCUAUUCUUAGUGCCAGCAUGAAGCAUGGCAAUGCUGCGAUUGGUGAAAAUGCUGCCCUCAAAGCAAUGGAUUCUGCCCCAGAAGACUCAAGUUCUUAUGUUCUUCUCUCAAAUAUCUAUGCGAAGGCCAGGAGAUGGGAUGACGUAGCUAAGGUCAGAUUACUCAUGAAAGAGAGAGGAGUGAAAAAGAUUCCAGGCUGCAGUUCAAUCCUUGUAAAUGGGAAAGUUCAUGGGUUCCUUGCAAGGAAGGAAAUGGAUAUUGAAUUUAGUGGUGAGGUUCUCUUGAAGAUAGAUGAAGUAGUCGCUAAGCUAAAGUUGGAAGGCUAUGAGCCUGACCUAACUCAAGUUCUAUUAGAUAUUGAAGAGGAAGGGAAAAGAAGCUUGCUUUGUCUUCAUAGUGAGAAGAUGGCACUUGCAUUCGGACUUAUAAACAUUAGAAAUGGUGCGCCUAUUCAUAUUGUGAAGAACUUAAGGAUUUGCUGUGAUUGUCAUUCCUUUAUCAAGCUGGUUUCAAGGGUUUACAGCCGUCGAAUAGUUGUGAGAGACCAAAACCGUUUCCAUCACUUUGAGAAUGGUUCCUGCUCCUGCAAAGAAUAUUGGUAAUAUAGAUUUAUGUAGCCUGAUUUUGCAUGUUAAUUAAGAUAUUGUACAGGUUCAGUAUUUAAAGCAUGUGAUUAAUACA